AUGUAUUUGGGGGGUUGUGCACUCGGAGGGAGGAAGGGGAAAGGGGAAAUAGUUUUCGGUAGUCUCGAUCGUGAUAUAAACGACCUCGACUUUAUUUGUUUUUUGUAUUAUUAUUCGAAGAAAUUUGAAAGACUCGUCGUUUCCGGUCAAGGUUUUUUCUAG